UAUUUGAACAGUUUUCACUCUAAAAUUCCUUUAUUUUCAUGGUGCACACUGUUCUCCUGGCGCCCUUUAGACAAAUGUCCUCUUUCUUUCAUAAUUUGCGCCAAAUGCCCAAAACUGAAAACUCUCUCACUCUCUGAACUGAACUUAACUUCGAAGCUCGGAGCUUAAACUCUAUCUCCCAAUUCAAGAAAACGCUGUCGUUUUAUACUUAUUAUUUCGCUGUUUUGGACCUGUUAGGGUUUUCUGUCUCACAUGUAGUCGAGUGAUUCUCUUUACAUUUGCUCAAUUUGGGACCUACCCAAUGCUCGCUCUGUCAUCAAAAUUUGUUCUCUAUCAAUUUGAGGGUUUAAAGAUCGAACUUUGAUCAGUUUGGUUAGGGUUAUUGGAAUUUCAGCUUCUGGGUUGGUUCAAUUGGGUGUUUGAUUUUUGAAAUUUGCAAGCUGUUUUGGGGUUUAAAUUAGGGUUUCAAGUGGGUUUCGAUUUGUGGGAUGAAUAGUGUGUUCAGUGAACAGAUACUUGCAGAGAAGCUCUCCAAGCUCAACAGCACCCAACAGUGUAUUGAAACAUUGUCACACUGGUGUAUAUUUCACCAGAGCAAAGCAGAACUGGUGGUUGCAACAUGGGAUAAACAAUUUCACAACUCUUCGAUGGUUCAGAAAGUUCCCCUUUUGUAUCUUGCAAAUGACAUCCUACAGAACAGUAAGCGUAAGGGAAAUGAAUUUGUCACCGAGUUUUGGAAAGUCCUUCCCUCGGCUCUCAAAGAUGUUGUUGAGAAAGGGGAUGAUCCUGGAAAGAAAGUUGUCUCCAGAUUGGUUAAUAUAUGGGAAGAAAGGAGAGUCUUUGGGUCCCGUGCACGAAGUCUCAAAGAUGUCAUGCUUGCUGCUGGAGAUGUGCCUCCACCACCCUUGGAGUUCAAUGGCAAAAAACGUUCACGCUCAGUCAGAAUUGUGAAACGAGAUUCGCGAUCCAUUAGAACGAAAUUGUCUAUUGGGGGUGCAGCUGAAAAAAUAGUGUCAGCAUAUCACUUGGUGCUCAGUGAACGACCCAGUGAAGAGGAAGAGAUGGCUAAAUGCAAGUCAGGGGUUCAUCGUGUGAGGAAGAUGGAGAAAGAUGUUGGUAUUGCCUGUACUAUCGCUAAAGAUCCAAAGCGGAAAACCUUGGCUACUGAACUCGAGGAGGAAGAAAAUCUUUUGAAACAAUGUAUUGAGAAACUUAAAUCCGUUGAAGCCAGUAGAGUAGCACUUGUGUCUCAGUUAAAAGAAGCUCUCCAUGAAGAGGAAUCUGAACUGGAGAAUGUUCGCACUCAGAUGCAGGUAGCUCAGGCUCAGGCAGAGGAGGCCUGCAACAUGCGGAAGCGACUCAAUGAUGAAGAUUAUGUAUCAAAACCAUCUACUACGACUACCCCGUCAGUUGAUAUGAAUUCAAAAGCAGGACAAACACCAAAGAGGACGGCUGCAGCUAUUGCAGCUGAAGUUGCAGACAAGCUUACAGCCUCUAGCUCCUCUCAAAUGAUCAUGCACUCUGUUCUCUCUACAUUUGCAGCUGAAGAAGCAAAGAAUGCUGGUUUAGUAAAGGCUUCUACACCAUCAAGUUCGUUCACACCGACACCUGUCAAUGCAGUGACCGACGCGAUUUCAAAAUCUGAGAAGCCUAUGCCUGUUUCGGAUCCCAACAUGUUUUUGCCAGCUCAGUCAAUUGCUGCUCCUAACCAUUCAUAUCAAACAGUUUUGGUACCCCAAGCAACUCUGCCAAACCAAGCCUCAACCUCACAAGCUCAAUAUCACAUGCUCUCUAACCCGCCUCCCCAACAAUAUCUGCAGCCAUCAGGAGGGAUCAUGACCCCAUACGGAUACAGCAACAUCCCACCCAUGCCAGCAGGACCGCCUCCACCAGCCCAUAUGGUGAGUCCAAUGGUUCCUUUGACUCAGCAACCAAUUCCAUUGGCGCAGCAACCAGCACAUAUGAAUCAGCAGAUACCUGUAUUAAAUCAGCAACCCCCGACAGCUCCUAGUUUCAGGCCACUGCAGCCGCCGGGAAUGGUGUAUUAUGGUCAUCCUCCCCAUUCCUAAUGAUAGUUAUUUUUGGCCAAAGUUAGAUCAGUGGAAUCUUUUUGAAUUUGUUUACUGGUAGAAUCUAUUUCCGGUGAGUUGAAAAUUUUGUUUGUGCAAAUUGGCUUUGCAGAGGUGAAAAUACAUAGAUGUUGGAUAA